AUGUCAAACCUUGAAGAGAAACACAAUGAAAUAACUGCCGAAAAAGAUGAAAUUUUGGGACAUGGAUCACCAGGUUUUUCUGAGUUGGAGGAAACAUCACCCGACUUGUUAAAGAACACACCUUCUAACAUUGCUAGGCUGGAGGAUGUGAUCGAGCACUGCAAGAACCGCUACAAGUAUCUAACACAGACAAGGAGUCCAUCUGAUGGGGAAGAUAUCCGGUGGUACUUCUGUAAGGUUCCCUUAGCAGGAAAAGGCAAGUGCAUAUGUUUCGUGCCCAGUUAUUGAAUAGUUUCUGGUUCAUCUGUCAUGAUAUUCUGUAUACAUAUAAAGCAAGUUCUCAGCUGUUGGCCAUAAACGCUGACCAAAUUUAACAAACCUUUACUUUAUAACAUGUAUCCAACCCUCUCUCAUUUGAGUUUUUGCCGUUUAGAUGCGGUGUUCUUCCUACUGGAUGGACUCCUUUUCUCUAUUCUUCUUUAUUUUGUGCAUCUUACGUGAUAUACCAAGACUAUGUGAUAUGAUAUCCUGGCUGAAAACUAACUGCCAUUUAUUGCUUCAUGCAAUUUAUGUCAAAAUUCAUAAUUUUUUCUAGACGAUUGGAUUAUUUAUCCUUUAUGAAUUUUAUGCCCUAUCCGUUUUCAGAAAAACAAGAACACUUAGCCAUUAAAACUUUGAAUUAAUUGAAGUGUCACGUAGAAAGGGAUUGAAAGUGCCUCCAAACUGUAAGGGAAAUGAAAAAAAAGGUGAGUAUGUUCGAGAGAUUCCUGUGAGAAAAGAAAUAGAAACGAAGGCGAAAGACAAGUGAAGUUUAUAAAAUUAUGUGGCGGAAAGUAAGACUCAAAAAUCAUGGAAUCUGCAUAGAAGUUUCUAAUCAUGUUGAUACAGACUGUUUGCUAGAUUCCAUCAAAAUUUUGGUGACCUGAAAAGUUAAUUAAAUUAUCAACUUCUUAAGUUAACUAAAAAUAAGUUUGAAAAUGAACUUAUAUUGGAUGGCAAAGUAUGGUCAUGCUUCUUGUGUUGAAAAAAGUGAAAGAAAUAUUUAAUUAACAGAAAGUUUCGUGUAUUUUUGUCUUCAAUUGAUGUUCGUUAAUCAGAUCGUGUAUGAAAUAUGAGGAUCUCGAAACCCAGGCUUUUAAUGGAUACUUAAAUGUAGAAAAGUGAAAAACCUCUCGCAUCAUUACCUCUUUAUGCGCGUGUAACUUCCAACUUUACUUCUCAUCUACUAAUCUUUUGACAUUUACCUGUGUUCCACCAUCUCAGAGGCAUCUCAUAUAUCAUCUGUAUGAAGAUUUUAUAAAGUUCUCUUUUUUUUGUACCUGAGUGGUCCGGAUAGACUGGGUUUGGCAUCAGAUGGUUACUAACUCAAGGAAUUGAUAUAACUUAAACAAGGAAUAUAUUGUGGAUCAGAAGAUUUAUGUUUAAAAGGAGUUGUAUCUGCCUUGACUGCCACGGGUUCAAGAUUAUUGAUCGUUUGAUGCCCGAUUCUUGUGCCUGGUAAAUGCCUUAACUCUAGGCUUGGUGAAAAGGUAUAAUGUCGGACGUGAAUAUCUGAGAAAGUUUGCAGAAUAUAUCAUGCAGUUUGAAGAAUUGAUGCGCCUACUUGUACUCUUCCCGAAAGUCUGUGCUGGCAUCCUGCUUAAAAAGCUCAUUAAUACUCUCAAUUAAGAUUCUAGUCGCUGUUUUCUUGAAGAAAGAACGUAUGAUAAUUGAGUUGCAUACCAUAGUGAACUGAGGAAGAGCUUAUGACUAUUUACUGAGCGUGAAUGCGUGGAAAACAUUUUAUGAUUAUUCUACAUGGACAUGUAACUGCACCCGUUCCCACAGACAAAUGUAAGCUCUGACAUGUUCAUCUUAACCAAAGGAAGAAAAAUCUAAAGAUCAUACGUUCAUAUACCACACCAUGGGGAAGAGGACCGAAUGGAACCUUAGUGGCUGGGAAAGAGAAAUCCCGUGGAGAAUAAAAAUGGGAUUAUCAUCCGAUGCAGAAAAUGCCCGCUAAAAGGAGGAGAUCCAUGAGUUACCUCCCACGGAGAGAGCCCUCUGUUUUACCAAUAACCUUGAGUACUUAGAAGUGGGUGAGUGGCAGCAGAAGGCUAAGAAAUAAAAGAAGAACAAGCACAGGCAAUUUUAAUCAUUGAUUUGUGUCAGCUGUCAACACAAAAUCCGACAAUUCUUACUUGUGUUCUUAUUUCUAGCUUAUGAAAGUGAAGCUAGCAGUUGUCUUAUUUGGAAUCCGCUUACGUUUCUAUGACAUUAACUUUUUUCUAACCUGUAAAUGUUUGGAACACAAAUAGAUGCCCGUCUAUGUAUCACCAUUUUGUAUUUUGAUUGUGUCAAAAGUUUUCUUACAGAGCUUGCAGCUUCAGUUCCACGAACAGAGAUAGUGGGAAAAGGUGACUACUUUCGAUUCAGUAUGCGAGAUUCUCUUGCAUUGGAAGCUUCUUUCUUGCAGGUGUUAUAUUUUAUUUUAUUUUUGAAAUUUGGGGUAGCCAAUUUUUUUUUAAUAAUACUUCUUGUCCCUUAUUAUCUUAUCAAUUGUCUUCUAGGUAGUUAUCUUGUUUUACCUACGCUGGCUUGAUCUUGUCUAAAUUUGGUAUUAUUUGAGUGGCUUAUUCCUUCUCUUUUCUCCAUUUGACUGAAUUUCGAGUGCAACUGCAUUUGAAAUGCUUUAAACCCUCUGGCUUUGUGUUUUCAGUGGUAUUGGAACCAGCGGAUGAAUCCAUGCCAUUUAUAUUACCCACAUUAAAAAACUGAAAAUUCGGGUUGUACAUGAAGUGGGGUGUAAAGAACAGUCGAAUAUUGGCUUAUUCCACUCCGGCCUAUUGGUUUUGGAGUUGGAUGGCACAACAACUCAAAACCCAUACAUUUAUAUUCCUUAUGGAAAGCAGUUUGGUUGUUGUUCCCAGCUACUAAAUAAUUUUUAGGUUUGAGUAUCAAUAUUAAUUAGUGCAGAUAAUAUUUACUGAUUUUAUUUACAUAUGGACAUGUACAUGCAUGUCUCUUUUCUUUUAUCCAUCAUUGUAGAUACAUUAGCUACAUUACCGACCAAUACAUAUUUCGGGAUACAUUUUUGUACUUGUGAAUAAUGAUAUUGUGACUUCUUGAUUUUUCUUGAUUUCUCGUAGAGGGAAGAAGAAUUACUUUCCUAUUGGUGGAAAGAGUAUGCAGAAUGCAGUGAAGGACCGAAGUUUUCCCUUAUAACUUCUGAGGCCACUUUGGAUGCUCAAUCAGAUGAACUGUUUGCAGUGGAUGAAGAGAGAGUCGGUGUCCCCGUAAAAGGAGGGCUCUAUGAGGUAUUCUUUGGGAUUGAAAUUCAAAGUUUAUUGCAAUGAAGAAUUGACAUCGUUUGAUUGGUCGCUUAGUCAUCAUGGCGAAUGGUUUCUAUUUUUUCUUUGUCACAGAACGUGAUAUUUCAACAUUUAUUUCUUCCGACUUUGGUAGUGUAUUUUCAGAUAAGUUCUGCAGCAUCGGAAAGUAGAAAUAUCAUUAUAUUUUCUAAAAUAAGGGUGUAAACAAGAAGAAACCUAUUCUUCAUGGAGUUGGGAUACAUCAACAUGUCCUUGGAGAGAGCUAUGCAAUUGUAUUAAAAAUACCUAUCCGUGAAAACAGUUUAAAGCAAUAGUGUUAUCUGAUAACCUGACUUUUUGCAGCAGUAUAGUAUUUUGCAUCGGUCAUUGGUGAGAACAGUAGCCCAUUCUUAUUAACCACGGAAUCCCCCUCUACAUGGGUUUUGGGAAUACCUAAUGAAAUUUCUUGGAUCCAUCUGCCUAUAGCUGACUAAAAAUCUUUUGCCUCCAUUUGCAGGGGCUUUGUAAGGUUAAUUUCACUCUUUAUUAGGGUUCUAAUCACAUUGUUCUAGUGGCCUUCCUGGUGAGCACAAUUCUAGAGUAAAGCUUAAAUAGCUGAUUUGGAUUAUUGAUUUCUCGGUGCAUAAAACCCGGGAUUGUUGUGCUGGAGGGAAGACAGAACUAAGAGUUUUUCCAACCAUCCCCUUUUUUCCUUCUUUCUAGGACGUUCAUAGUCUAGUUUUUUUUGCAUUUUGCUCGGUAAUUGAGCCUUUUAGGUUAUUUAACCAAAGAUCUUAUCAUUCAUCCGGUAUAGUGAUAGUAAUUGACAAAAGGAAAUGAUUUUUUUAUAUGCUUUGUUGACUAAGCUGCAGGAGCCAUCUUCCCGGCUUCAUCCAGAUUUGUUUGCUUCCAUGGUCUAAACCCACCUGGAGGUUGACAUUACGUUUUGUUGAUUAAUUUCAUGUUGCUUUUUCAGUCAUUUUUUUUACAUGAAUUAAGAUUCUCGGGAUGGGGGGAAAUAAUAUUAAAGUGGAUUUCAAAUAGUUCCUCCCUCGUUGUAACUCCAGUUUCAGGAUAGCUCGCUAUCCAAGUAAAUCUACCCACCCAUAAAUAUUUUUUCCUGAUUGAACAUACAUCAGCAUCAAAGCUCUCAUCCUUGAACUUUUUAGUUGUAAUGUUAUUCGAUGUUGGAAAAAUGCGCCUUCAAUCCUAUAUAUUGACCUUCUGAUAUUGGCUUUGGAAUAUUGCAGGUUGAUUUAGUUAAGCGGCAUUGCUUUCCUGUUUAUUGGAAUGGUGAGAAUAGGCGUGUCCUUAGGGGUCAUUGGUAUGCGCGCAAAGGGAGUCUUGAUUGGCUUCCUCUUCGUGAAGACAUUGCUGAGCAGUUGGAGAUUGCAUAUCAUCGUCAGGUAACGUGGAGCUAGAGUAGCCCUUCAUCCUGUGUAAGGUCAAAUUUAUUUAUAUGAUCUAUAAGUAAUCACAACCAAUGUUCCUUCCAAUAUACUUUAGGCCAAAUCUGAAGAGUUACUUGCUUGAAUGAUUAUCUUUUAGUGACAAAAAGAUAACUGAGCAUUUACUUUCCAGAAGUAGAUAUCAUCAUGGGGUUUAUGGCGCUCAUCUGAUUAUCUGGCAUCAUGAGAGUAUAGAGGUUGACAUUAUAUUAGGUCCGGAAUGCGUAAUGUAUUGAUAAUGAUUUUAUUAGAUGCUGAAUGGUGUUGAAAAUCCUUUCAAUGCAGGUAUGGCACAGGCGAACAUUUCAGCCUUCUGGCCUUUUUGCUGCUCGAAUUGAUAUACAGGGCUCUAAUGAGGUAUUUUUUAUUUUUGGUGCAUCAGAUGAGAAGGAUUUUAUCCUUUUACUACUAGGUGGCUGAGGUAAUGACUUGAUCAGGGUUCGCAUGCACUUUUCACUGGUGAAGAUGAUACAUGGGAGGCUUGGUUGGUCAUGGACAGUUCUGGUUUUUCCAGCAUUGGAAGAGGAAAUUCAGUUAGAUUAAGACGCGGAUAUUCAAUGUCAGGAUCUUCAAAGCCAACUCAGGUUCUUGCAUUUUCAUUCCUGCGUGUUUUGUACUAGUCUGUAUAGAUGAAUUUUUUAUGUGAAGAUAAGGGAAAAAUCUUGACUCAUCCACAUUUAAAAUCACAAUCACAUGAACUUUUUUUACUGCUUUCUUUCUAACUUUGGGGUCUAUAGCUUUCCAUAUGAUUCACUGGUCAAUCAAAAUGAUUGAGUCGUGGGGAUGCAAUUCCAUUUGCCGAUUUUUUUCCCAAUUUAAUGGCCAUUCACGACCAAAUUGACAUGCUUCUUUACACUAUAGACUAACGACAAUAAAUACAGUAAAUGUGGGCUGUUGAUCACUAUUGACAAUUUCACAAUAAAAGAUCUCGCAUGGCAAUUGUAAAUCUUGUUGUUACUUCAACAAAAAAACUCCAUGAUUUUCGUCCCCUUUUCAUGUUUUCGUCUUUUUGGUGGAUUCAAUUUAAGAAAUUUAUUGUCUUGAAAAAUAUGUAGUUGACUGGACAUGAAGAUUAUUUUUCAAAGUUGAAGUUGACAAUCAACAAUAAAAAUAGUACAAUUUGUUUUUCAAACCGUUAUACCUCGUUCAUAGGCACUCUGUUGUUUGGGCCACAAACUUUUCCCGCUCUCUCAAGUCCCAUUUUGAAAGGAAACAUUAAUAAUAGCAUCAUGUCUUAUUUUCUCUCUUUUAUGAAUUUAAAAUACACGUGUGUAGUUCAACUAGAUAUAACAGUUUGAUGGGUGCUUGACUUUCCACCCAUCCAAAAGUCAGAUUUCUGAAAUAUUUUGGUUGAAUCCUCAACCCUUGUUCUCCUAAUGAACUUAGGAAAAAGAAAAAAAAUCAUUUUCCUCUGUUUUCAUUCUAAUCACAUUCACUUAGUUAACGAAUGUAUUUUCCUGUGAUUGUUCCUAGACCACUAACAUUUAAUUGAUUCAUGGAUUUUCGGCCAAAAUUUUCCUCUUCUAAGAUGAUGUUGUUCAUAAAUUUUGUGGUUAUUGGGAGAAAUACUACUCAUACCAAUAUAUAUUCCUGUAAUGGUUCUUCUACAUUACUAAAAUAUUUGUCCAAAAGAAAGUUGUGGCGAUAAGGAAUCACCAUCAAAUUAUAAACUCGUUCUGAUGUUCCUCGGAUUUUGAGAGCACAUGUCUUCGUUCUCAUAUUUUGGAGUUAAUGACAACUUUCUUUAUUGUCUUUUUCAUGUUUAAAGGAUGAGCUUCGUCAACAGAAGGAGGAGGAAAUGGAUGAUUAUUGUUCUCAGGUCUUUUUUCUAUAAAUUGCAUCAUCUGGCAUCCAUUAUUUCCCUUUCUUAUGUUCAUUUCGCUUUUCCAAUUGUGAAGAACCAGGUCAACUAGUUUUGUGAUAUUUUGUCAGUUUUUUCUUGUCUCUUGGUAGUCAAAUACUUAAAGGCAAUUAGCCUUGAAAACGAGGGUUGGCCAAGUACUUCAUUUCUAACAUGUGACACUUCUUGAUCUUCGUUUUCAUUAUUGAGGUUUGAAUUACCUGUUUUCAGUAAUUGUGCUUUCAUUUCUUUCAUUCAUUUCUGUCAAACUGUUAGGUUUCACAUUUGCAUAGCUUUUGAGAAUUGACAAUUCAGGUCGUAACUAGUAUAUCUUACAUGAAAAACUGAGCUAAUUUGCUUUAUUAGGUGACUAAAACUGACAGCCAUAGAUUUUUUCCAUAUAAUCUGUAGAAAAGUUAUUUUUUUGGUAAUUUAUUUAUUUCAUUAUCCUGAAAAACUCCUUAUACAGAUGUCGAUUCAUUUCCUUCAGUAAAUGGAUAAAUGAGAUGAUGAGUAUUUUUGGGAUAGCUGUGGUCUUCAUCAACGAAAUCAAGAGAAAAAAAUUCUCUCCAAGAUGAUAGGUGCCGUUAAGCUUCCUGAAACAGUGGAUGGUAUCAUGUAUUCAUAAAAUAUCAAAGAAACUAGAAGAUCGUAUCUGUGUUUGUGAACUCUGAAAGAAUCAUCAGUACAACAAGUAUGUCCUACUCCAAGAUGGUAUGGUCUAUUACAAUAAUCAAAUGAUUUUAGAACAUUGGACAUUGGACACCCUUUCAAAAGUCUAUUACAAAAGUCUCUUAAUCAUUAGAUAAGUCUCACUUACUCUUCACCACAUAGAACAUUGGACACCCUUUCAACUGAAAAACUCUCUUUUAGAAACGCUCUAGUCUCUCACAACCCAAAUGGCUUAAAGUGUAGCCUGGGGAAAAAUCACCAUCUUUUUAUGAAUAUUCAAUGUUAAUAACGCCUGAAAUAUGAUCUCCUCAUGUGCCAUGGAUAAUGACAUCGUGUGCCUAUAGUGGUAUACUAUAAGUCAAAACUCACAGGUGAAAAUUUCUAGGAGCAAUAUUUGGUUCAAGCUUUGUCAUCCUCCCCAAAUAAGCUCUCGGUAGUGUUGUUGAGGUUCAUCAUAGUUUUGGGGAGGGAGGGGGGGGUUUGAUUUCUAGAUUUGGGGAUCAAAAGCACCCCGAAAAUCAAUCGAAACCCUGUUAUUUAGUAUUGGGCCUAUGCACUCAAAAAGCUUUUUUCUUUUAAUAACAAGUUGCAUUAUGAUCGGAAGAUAUAAGUAAUACUUCAUAUUAUUUAGGUUUAGUUUCAGUGCCAUCGACACACAUACUCCGGUUUGCAUUUCUAACGUGCAUAUGAGAUUUAGACGUACCAAAGUUUUUUCCAAAAUGCAAAUCUCAUUGUUUGCCUAAAAAUUUAGUAUCUAUUUGUUAUUUGUAUCCUCUUAAGAUGGUCAUUUUAAACUUUUACUCAAUUGGGGCAGUUUAAUGUUUUAUCCAAUAAGGGAACAUUCGUUAUCAUUUUCUUUUCUCACCUAAAAUAUAAACUUUGAGAGGGGCUGUGGAUAUGGGAGAAAGUCUACUCCAAAACCCUUUACUUUAGUCGGUCUCUUACAGUGUUUUUUUAUCUUCUUGGUUAAACUUUACAGUAAUGUUAACUGUGUCAAUUUUUUUAAAGUUUGAGUAUGUUGAAACUUCAUUACUGUCGUGACAGUGGAUGAAGGUAUAUAUCUUAGAGGAUAGGGAGGAUUGGAAGAGUAUAACAUGAUAAUACUUGGUGCAAAACGGGAGUGAUCUGCCUCAUGAUGGAUUGGCUGGAGAAUAAACAGUUUUCAUUAGUCUGCUUGUGAAGUUGUGCGAAGCAGUACAUUUGCAAAAGUGUAGAACUGGGAAGCAAAAGAUAUGUGUUUUAUCUUUCAUAUAGGAUGUGGCUUUUAAAACGUUUAGUGUUUUCUAGUUUGAACCACAUUUCACUCAUAUAAGUGCCUUUCGGAAGAGAAUAGGGAAUUAGGAAUAAUGAAGAACAAGCACCACAAAGUGUAAAAUGUUGUGGCCUUCCCCCUAACUUUUAUUAAAAGCUUACUUUUAGAUUAGACAAACAAGACUCAUUGGAUUUUCUCUUCUAGAAUGUCCGAAAAAUCAAAAAAAGGUUUGCAAUAGCCUUAUAAGUAAUUAACUGAAAAAAAGUCAAAUGCAAGUGUUGUAGAUCCUGGUUUUCUCCGGGGUCUGGCGAAUAUAUCAAAGAUGUCAGUUUAUUACUCUGUGCUCGAGCAUUCUGGGUCAGGACGGCCCAUGGGUAGUUUGAUGGCUAAUGGAGAUGUUUAAAUGAGUCAAGUCUGCUUCAUUAAGAAGGCCCAAUACUGCUGUGAGAAAAUCUCAUAGCUCAAGUGCAACAUCCAAUAUCACCAAAUUAUCUAUUUUUCACUUUUCCAUCUUCAAGAGACUCAGUCUCCAAAUAUGUCAAUUCCAUGGGCCGUCUUCAAGAAGAAGAGGCAAACUUGCAUAUCAUCGAUACAUUGGCUCAUGUCAGAUGGAUGGGAAUACGAGUAAUUUCUCUCAGAGUUACACAUUAAUUAAAUGUGCUAUUAGAAACACUGUUAAUUGUUAUUUUUAUUUUUGAAGUGGGGUCCUCUUUGCCGUUUUAUGUGCUGUUUUUCAGACGAAAUUGUACCCUUGUUCUCUCCCUUAGAUUUAGGUGCCAUAUUUUUAUGGUAAAUGGUUGAUAAUUACCGUCUUCAUUAAAUAGAAAAUGAGAUAAUUUGAGAACCUUAUGAGCGAUUGAAUACAUCUAUGGAUGAUAAAGCGACACAAUCCAUAUUUUUAUGGAUUGAAUACAUCUAUUGCGCUAUUGAAAGUUGGGACUGUGAGAGGCCCUCUUCUACCUGGAAUAUCUCGAAUAUUGUAUGCGCCAACAAUUUAUUUUUUUUGGGAUAGACUUGAUUCUGAAUUUUUGUGAAUACUAUAUACGUCAUGUCUUCAAACUAAUGAUGAUCUGCUAUGCAACAUAGGCCUGAGCUCAGAAAAUUGUUUUCGCAGGUGCCAGUGGGCCAUCUUGUUUUUAUGAUUCAUGGAAUUGGACAAAGAUUGGAAAAGGCUAAUUUGGUGGAUGAUGUUGGCGAUUUUCGGCAUAUAACAGCUAGUCUUGCUGAAACACACUUAUCUCCGUAUCAACGAAGCAUGCAAAGAGUGCUUUUUAUCCCUUGCCAGGUAAAUGUGCAAAAGUUUUAGGAAUGUAGACUGUAAAUUUACAGUCUGGUCUUUAUUUUUGGAACCAUUAUUGGAAUCCAUAGAAACCCUGUGUUUCUCAACUUGAAAACAAGUGCCUUGUUAACCAUGGCUUAUUCUUGUUUUUACUGAUGAUAUUUUUUUGCUAAUCCAUUUUCUCUAUUUACUUUAUUUGGUAUGUUCUCAAAAAAUGCUUCAGUGGAGAAGAGGGCUGCAACUCAGUGGUGAGAGUGCUGUUGAGAAGAUCACCUUGGAUGGUGUUCGAGGGUUGCGUGAAACACUAAGUGCUACUGUUCAUGAUGUUCUAUACUACAUGAGCCCCAUAUUCUGUCAAGAUAUUAUUAAUUCGGUACCUUUCUAUUUUCUGGCUUUAUUAUUUUUUAUAUUUACAUUUAUCCCAUUUCUGCUACCAAUUUCUGAAUAGGUUAAAUUUCAUGGUCAACAACAUCUGUUUUUUCCAUUGACCGGUGACCCUGGCCGGCAUAAUUAAUUUAUUGCACCACCAGAUUGAUUUAGAGGCUUUAACAGGACCUCUCCUGUUCAAAUUAUACUUUUUUGGGUUAGGUGGCAUGAAAAUUUAAAUAAGAAUGCCAUGUCCUUCAGUAGUGAUAGUUAUGGCAAUGCGUUCCUAAUAUCUUCUGAGUUACGGUAUGCGUUGGAAGAUUAAAAAAUGUAAUUACCUGACGAUGUAGUGUUCUGCUUAUAGAAUUCUUGAAACAAUGGUACAUCAUCCUGCUCAGAGAGUUUAAUCAAAAUAAAAAUCUCACAAUAAAAUUUUCACUUGAAAAUUGAUUUAAUACUCUCUAUCAGUAAGUAUUUUAUAUCACGUCUAAUAACUUUAAAAGGGAUGUUUUUACAGGAUAUUUGAGAAAAUUAGUGAAAAAUAAGGUAGAUCCAGGUUGAUUAGUUUAGAACCAAAAGAAAAAUAAAAACUUUAUUUUACAGAAAUUGUUUUAGUUCCAUCUAAGGUUUAAAACAGGCUGGUGUAGGAUCAAUCAACUAAGAUUCGAUGUGGUUAUCCAUCUGAUUUGUUGUUUUCGGGGACUAUUUCAAGAAACCUUGAAACUAUGGAUCAAGCCUAUUAGCAUUUGUCCAAAUGCUUGUAAGAUUUGCAGUCCUAGUGAUGGUUGUGAUGAGGCUUUAGUUGCAGAAUGCAAUAAUGACGUGGAACAUUUGGAUUCUCAAGGACAUCAAUGCAUGAAUGUUUCGCUGCGGUCAUGGGAAAUACAUGCAGGAUGAUAUUCAGGAUGAUAUCUGAUUGAGCAUUGAGUGAUAAGCAUUUCAUUUGACUGGUCCAGGAUUGUGAGGGAGCUCCUGUCAUGAGUUAUACAGUGAUCACUUUGCAGACAUGGGUGGUCAUUGUGAAGAUGUUUGGUAGGGUACCUUCAAGUCUUAACUGGUAUCCACUUAUCAAAGUGACAGCUAGCUGGAGCACUUUGAGACAGGGAAAAAACUCAUGGGUUUUCUGGGUUAUCCUGACUUUAUGCAAUGCUCUUCUAAUAAGCUUUUAUCUGGUUGUUUGAUAGAUCUAUAUUGGUUACUGAAAAACUUAAUUCAGUAACUAAAUACAAAAACCCACUCUACUCCCCCGUUGUCUAUUGGUUCUGGAUUGUACGAGCUGACAAUUUAGGAUUGUUCUAUGAGAUGGUAUGCUUAUAGAUUACCUCCCUUGUUAUGUAUAUCAAAGAGCGAAAGAAUAUUGGGUGGCACAAAAGACUGAAUCUUGGAGUAAUUUCAUCCUGCUGAAAGCACACUAUGUACACUAGCUAUGUGAUUAAAUAUAUCAGUUUUCUUUUCUCAUUAGUAAUUAACUUUCAGUUGGAUGGCAAAAUGGUGCAGCCAGCCACUCGUUAUUAUGGCAACACAACAUUGGUUGUAGCGGCUCUAAGAUACAGUUCGGCUUGUGUACGGACAGUUCAAUCCAUUUACUUCAAUAUGACAUAAGAACCAAAGCAUGAGAUUGAAGUCGCCAUGCGACAAAGUGUUCUUGAUCACCUAAUUCUGAUCCAGCUGCCGUCAUAUUUAUAAGGUUCUAAGAUAUUCGAAAGACUAAUUUUUUGACAUAGUUCUCUUAAUGAUAACUCAUUGCGUGGAAAUGGAAAGCCAACUAAAAAAACGGAAUAUUAUUAUGGAUUGGUAGAGUGUGCAUUCAUUAAUUUCAAUAAAUCUUUCAAAACCUCAGUUUAAAAUAUUUUUUGGGAAAUACUGUCUGAAGAUGAUACGACAUACUCAAUAAAGUUGAGUCAUAUCUUUUAGAGCAGAAUUUUUUUUAUUCUUUGAAUUGGAAGAAAUCUGUCCUUGCUAGGCAUGUUCUAACAUGUUCACAACUUUCAGAUUUUAUAACAGCAUCUAUUGCUAGCUUUUUAAUUCAAGUACAUCAAAUGCUCUAAUUACAAAGAGACGAAAUUUAUUCUGAGAGUUGACCAAAGCUUUCAUCACUUCUCAGCUGAGGUUUAGUGACUUUGUUAUAACAUAUGCAUGUAUGAGCGGAGACAUGAAUAUAUCCAUACUUGUCCUGAAUUCAUUUUGUCUUAAUGUUGAAUGUUUAUCUUAUUCAACUAUAUUUCCUAUGUUGAUAAUAAUUAUCAUGUUCACGAUCCAAAUACCAUGCAUAAUGUUUCAAUUUCCUUAGAAUGUAGACUGUCUUGCGGGAAAAAAUUAAUCUCAGGAUACCAAGGUCUGGGACUGUGGAUCGUGCUAUUCAAUCUCUUUAUUUCUUUUGAAAGGAUUCUGAGAAUAUCUAAACACCCUAAUUAUUCGGAUUCCUAACUCAACAGUAGGGUAAGAGACUUUUAACUGUGGCUGGGAUCCUUUGCACAUUUUGGAUGAGCAACAGAUUCAUCCAGGUAGUCGUGGACCAUAUGUAGUUCAAAGAAAAAAUGCUAGUCUAUUUUUUUUGGCUGCCUUAUUUAGACCGAUUUUGAAGUGGAAUAGUCUUCUACAUUAAAUACCUUGGAGAAUGCUGCUUCUUUAUGGCGGGUAAACUAGUUAAAUAAUGACUAAAAUGGUAUAAUAUCUAUGUUCUGGACUCUUUCAUCUCUCUUUAUUGGUUUUCUUGUAGGAACUUCCUCUUGUGUGUAACACAAACUUUCAGCGUUGUUACAAGUUUCUCAUAGUUUGUGGUGAAUUUCAAAUGCCUUACAGAAUGGAAAGUUUCUUGAAAUAGUUUGAAUGUAUUUAUUAUUAUUUCAGGUCUCAAAUCAGUUAAACAGAUUAUACAAUAAGUUCCUCAAGAGAAACCCUGGCUACAAUGGCAAGGUAUUGUAAAUAUUUGUUUCUCCCAUCACAUUAGUCGACAUACCCUCUCAAAUUAUCCGCCUACCUUAACAUUGAAAGUCAUUAAGGGACGCAAUCAUAUUGCAGGUUUCCAUAUACGGCCACUCUUUGGGAAGUGUUCUUUCAUUUGAUAUCCUUUGCCAUCAAGAAUGUUUUCAAACUACAAGUUCUGGGUGUGUUUACACCGGAACAGCCAAAAAUAUUGGAUUCCAAUCCGAUACAAGUUAUCAAAAUAUUGGAUUUUGUCCUGCCGUGGUCUCAAAUAACGACAAAACUGUUGAAGAUGUUGAAGUUCUGGAGAAUGUAUUUUCAACAGAUAAAAAUACACCAGUGCCACAUCUAAAUGAAUCUGUUCGAGAAGAGACAUCAACUACACAAUUCCUUGCUUCGGAUUCUUCUCUCACCUCUGAUGUUACCGAAGUAUUAUCAAAAAAGUGUCUGCAAAACAGUUGCCAGGGAUUUGAGGAAUGUUUGCAGCUGCCAUGUGUUGAUAAGCCUCUCCAAAAUGUCACAAUUGGAGAUCUUGAAGGUAGUCACAUGGGUGUAACUUAUAGUGAUAAAUCAGUGGACGCUAAGGAAACGGAUCAGCACGUUUCCUCUUUAAAAGAAGAGGUAACCUUCAAUUUCAAAUCAUAUCAUUCAUUAAUUAGCAUCAAAUGGUGUAGUCCUUUUCUAUAAUUGACUAUGAAUUUGUAUCCCGACUUAAUAGACUGUAAUAUCCACUUGACAGAGAAAGAAUGCAACUUGGUUGAUCAAGAAAUAGCUUAGUCUUUUUUCUUUGGUUAUGCCAUUAGGGUUGACACUGCUAGCACUCUCGAUGCCUAUACUAGACAUUAUAUCCAGAGGUUUAGAUUCUGAGAAGUUCUUAUUUUUUACUGUGCUGAAGGUAAGGUCUCUUAAGGUGAAACUUGCAGCAGUAGAACUGAAGCAAAAGUCCAUAUGCUCUACCAGCAUAGAUGGGAGUGUCACCAGUGAAUGGCGUGAAGGUAGUAUGGAAUUCCUCCGUUAAAUAAGAGAUGUUCUAUUUAGUUUAUUGGCUCUCAUUCAAAGUAUAAUCUAUUUCAAUUUAUUUUUCCUGAAUGAUAGGUGACCAUAAACCUGAUAAAAAAGGAAUCAAGCAGCUUUUUCCCAACUACCUUUCUCCAGCUAAAGACAAUUUAUGGACGACUUAUACACCUUAUAUCAAGUACACUAAGCUUGAUUUCAAGGUUAUCUGCCCUUUGUUUCUACUGCGCUUCUUGUUCUCUUCAUGGAUGCAUUAUGAACGUUUUUCAAUCCCCAAAUGAUGAAUCCAAUGUUUUUUCCAUCAGGUUGACACGUUCUUUGCGGUUGGCUCUCCUCUUGGUGUCUUUCUUGCACUGCGGAAUAUUCGUAUUGGAAUUGGUAAUCAUCUCCAGACAUUUGGCAAUGUAUAAAUAAAGUAGGUUUGCGUUCAAAUGAUAGAAUAAAAUGAUGGAUAUGGUUUGCAGAGAAAGUUACAUGUCAUUGACUACAUAUCAGUGGGGUUAUUUCAGCAUAAAGAUACAAUCCAAUGUGGUAAAAACUAGUUGAGCAUAGUUGUAGUUCUGAAUUUUUCUGAAACGAUAUUCAUGAUAAAGUAAUAGUUCAUGAGAUCUUGAAUUUUUGUAGUAUCUCUCUGAGAGGGGAGGAAACAAUUGUCAUAGAAUACCUAAGCACUCUCCUUGUCUAAGACCUAAAAAUUAUCAUAUCUUCUUCGUAAUCUCUUAUCAUUUUUAAUUUGAAAAAUCUAUUAUUUAUUUAAGUGACUGAUUAUGCAUUGUCGGGUAGAAUAUUCUUUCAAUGUAAAAAUGAUAUUGUUUGAUCUUGUUGGAGAUUCAAAUUUUGUAUGAUGUUAAUCUAUUUGACCUUCUUGGAUUAGUGGUUAGGUUAUGGCUGAGACUAUUUUACUAGAGUGUGGGCUGGUGGAGGAUCCCUUCUUAAGUAUCUCUGACGAUAUAAUUACUCUCAAAUAGGUGCAACAAUCGGUUUCAUCAUCUGGGACUGUUAGAUUGUAUCCUAAAGGCCUUGUGUGCUCCAUCCUUUAAGCAAGUGCUUUAUGUUCUUCUUCACUCCUUGGUGCCGCCCCCACCCAUUUCAAGUGCAAAAUUUUUGCUUACAGUUCAAGAUGCUCUUCCAACCUUCUUCCCCUGCGCUAUGUAAAAUGAAUAAUUUUUCAAAUAUAUUUAGUAGAGCUCUAGUCCUUGAUUCGACUGUUCUCUUGCAUUAAACGGCCGCCCCAAAAAAAAAAACAAUUCUCUGAAUACAUGAAUGAUGUUGCCCUGGAAAAGUGAAUGUAUGUUAUUUAGCAUCAGAUGUUCUAUAUUUUGCUAAAAUAUUCCCCAUAGUACGUACUAAGAUCAUGUUUUCUUAGAAAAUGUUUACUUUCCAUGCUCCAUUACACAUACUCUGUGGCAUUCGCAUUGAGGAUGGAUGAACCUUCGCCAUCUGCACAUUUUAUGGUUGUUUCUCUGCAUAAGAAGAAUGACAAUUAGAAAUUUUUCGUCGGGUUUACCUUCAAAAUGUUGCAUAUUCAUGCUUGGUUGUAUGUUUAAUCAUCUUGGCAUUAUCUUUUGAUAUGUCGUCUAUAAAUUUUGUCUCUUACUUGAUCUGGAAAUAAUGUUUUGCGGUUAUAUCUGAUCACAUGUUUCACUUCAUGGUAUACGGAAAUUAGAUUUAACUUCUGAACAAUGACGAACAAAUGGCUCCCAUCCAUUAACGUCAAGUCCUCUGACCUUCGAAAUUAGCCUCAAGAGUAUGUGGGAUCGAUGCAUAUCCCACUCAUCUCUUAACGUGUGAUUUUAACGUCCAAUAAGGCACUUAAAAUUUGAGAUAAUCCUUAUUACAUAUUUUGGGUCCUUAUUAAGCCUAAUUGAACUUUCUGAAAUAAUCGUACCUUCUUUAUAGGCAGAGGGAAAGAGUAUUGGCAUGAUGAGAAGAUCUCUGAAGGGAUGCCCUCCUGUGAGCAGAUGCUGAAUAUUUUCCAUCCUUACGAUCCCGUUGCAUAUAGGUUUGUCCUGUUCUCAUUCCAUAGCUUGGUAUACUUUUUUUCAUCUGUUUUGCAGAUUACAAAGGUGAAUGCCUAAAUAUCUUAUCUUCAGCAUGAUCCGAUGUGUUGAUUGAUAUUUUGAAGAAAAGUGUGAUAUUAAUUUAUGAACAUAAUUUCACACAGGCUGGAGCCACUCAUCUGCAAAGAGUACAUUGACAAACGCCCAGUUCUCAUACCCUACCACAGGGGUGGGAAACGGUUGCAUAUUGGGUUUCAGGUUCCAGAAUUUCUUAAAGAAAUUUCUCAUGCCUUUGUUGCUGUUUCUGGUUCCCCUAGUAUCCUUCUCACCAUCACAUGUUAUAGGAAUUCGCUGAAGAUAUAUCAGUACGCUCUCAAGCUGUUGUCAGUCAGUUGAACUCAGUGAAGGUAUGCUAAUUUGUAGUUGAAACGUUCAUGGUUGUGUAUUCGUGACAGCGUUAAUAUUCCUAUCUUGAUGAUUGAAUAAGCAACUCAUUACGUUUUUGCUGCAUCUUUAACGAACAUUUAUGAAACCGUUUGAGCACCCACCUGAGUAUAACAUUUGAGAAAUAUGUUCCCUGUUCAUAUGAUGUUUGAGUUUGAAAGCACCCCAUGGAAAGAGUUUCAGUAAUGCCAAAUUGGGAAUGAACAAGCAAGGGAAAAAUCUUGUUACUAAGCUUAGAAUAUUUUUGUGAACGUGACAAGUUGCAUCUCUGCGGAAUCAGAGAAGAUCUCUAAGUAUGCUUUCAAUCGUGGAUGAAUCCGUUUGAGUUUCAUUUUUUUGGUCUGCUUCUUUUAGCUAAAUUUGACUAAAGUUUAAAUAUUCAAUAAAUAUUCAGAAUAUUUCAGGAAUAUCAGAACGAAAAAUUAAAUUUAGAGAAGUAUUCCAUCCAUCUUCCUUUCCAAAAGCCAAGCAAGAAAGAAUUAAUUGUCAAUGUGUUUGUUCAGGUGAAAAUGGCCACUAUUUUCCGAUCAGGAAACAAGGAUAGCAAUGAAGGUAUGCAAGUUCUCGUCUCCCUCGGUUUGUUCUAUAGCUAUAUUUCUUAUGGACCAUUACAGAAAGUAUUUUUUCUAUCGCUCAGGAUUGGUUGAAGAAACCCAAGCAAAUGAAAGGUCGUAUGGUUCCAUCAUGAUGGAAAGACUAGCGAGAGGUGAAGGUGGGAGAAUAGAUCAUAUGCUUCAAGUGAGUCUCUUUUCUUCUAUCACCCCACGAGUGUAAUGGUAGUUGACAAGGGACUACUAGCUGCAGUACACUUCAAUGCCCUAUGGAAGGUGAUGGAGCACUACUAGAAACAGCCAUAUCAAUAAGACCUUUACUCCUGAUGCACUUAAUCCUACCUACACACUUUUCUCCCUUUCCAGUGAUAAUAAAGCUUGUGUCUUUUUCUGCAUUAUUUAGGCGUUUUGAAAACAGGGAUGUUGUGGGUUUCUGGAGUAUCCCGGAGACAACCACAAAAAAUUUACCUUACUUCAUUGUUUCAGGAGAUACAUCUAUCAUUCUCAUUUGAGCUCAAUUUUCUUCUGCCGACGAUCAGAUCCCUUCCCUGUACCCUAUCAGGUCUUUCUGAUAAAAAAAGGGCCCAGAAAAGUAAUGGGAAACUAGAUUGUCUCAUUUAGCAAGGAUCCCAUCAUGGUAAACCAUUGAUUGAUGAUAAGAAUGUCUUAAAGUUGUGAUUAUCUUUACCUGAUUUUUCUUUUCCGUAUUCCAACGUCUAAUAGUAUCAGCGUGUCUCAUUUCCCUGUCCCUUUUUAAUUUAUUCUUUUUCCCAUGUAGAAGCAAGCUCCUGUAUUUAUUCAGGCGUCUCUUUAAAGGCAGAUAUGAACAUUGGUGAUAAUUAAUUCUUUAAAAAUAUUGAUCGAAGCCCAAAGGAAAGAACUGUCUGUCCGGCUCUUAGUUUGGUGCAUAAAAUCCAAGGGAUUUCUUUUGAAUAUCUUUGUUGUAUGUAUCAUCUGCCAGUGAGGAAAUUUAGUAAUUUAUUUCGCAAUUGAUUCAAUGACAUAAUUACUUGUUUGGUGGAUCGCUUGCUGUGCAGGAGAAAACAUUUGAGCAUCCGUACAUAUCAGCUCUGGGUGCACAUACGUGAGCAAUUAGGGGAAUUCAAUGUUUCAUUUUCUUAAUUAUUUGGUUAUAGACUAGUUUACGCAUAAAAUAAUUUAUUCCUGAGGAAACAUGGUUGCAGAAACUACUGGCGGGAUCUUGACACCGCUCUUUUCAUCCUCAAGCAUCUUUAUCGCGACAUUCCUGAAGACCCUGAAGCAACAGACCGUAGAGAAGAAAGUUCGAAGCAAGGUAGGCAGGCUGUGGCCACGUUCUUUAAGAACGAGGUCAUGGAUGAGGACAUUCCUUUGACCUUUUCCAACGAGGCCAUGGUCAAGGAAUUUUCAAGGAAGGCGAGGAAGUCAGCGCAAAAACCUGAUGAUUAG